UCAUACAUCCUCUGACUGCCUAGCCUUCAUGCAAGCGGGCUGUGAGCUGAUUAAGGUCCGAUCUCCGUCCAGACAAUACCACAGAAUAUUCUGCCUGAGUGAAGAGCUCUCUGAGAUCAGAUGGCACCCAACUUCCAAGAAACCGGACAAAGCCAGAAUUGUUAUAGAGUCAGUCAAGGAGGUCCGAGUUGGAAAGAAUACCGAGACAUUCCGCCAGCGUGAGUCGACGGCCGAGUUCCCUGAAGAAUGUUCCUUCUCCGUCAUCUUUGGUGAUAACUACGAGACGUUGGACCUCGUGGCCAACUCGCCGGACGAGGCCAACAUAUGGGUCACUGGACUCUCCUACUUGAUUGGAGGAAACAAAAGCAAAUCUCCUGAGGCAAUAGAACAGAAGCAAGACAUGAGAGAUAGAUGGCUACAGGAAAUGUUUGAGAAGGCUGCAGGUGACCAGGUGGGCCAGCUGGAUGAGUUUGAAGUCAUGCAACUCAUGAAGAAACUUAACAACAGCGUCACAUCUAUGAGAGUUAGACAAAAGUUUAAGGAAAUGACGCUGAGUAAAGUACGAGAUGGGGACUCAAAGCCAACUCUCAGCAGCCACGAGUUUCUAGAUCUCUUUAAAGAAAUGACGACUAGACCAGAAAUUUACUUUUUACUUGUAAGGUACUCAAGUUCAGAGGUCAUGGCUAUUGAUGACCUUUUGAUAUUCCUAGAAGCUGAACAGGGUAUGGCUGGUGUAUCGAGAGAAAAGUGCUUCACCAUUAUUAACAAGUAUGAGCCGUCCCAAGAAGGUAGAGAGAAAGGUCACCUGGGCAUUGAUGGUUUCACCAAUUACCUUUUAUCUGAAGAUUGUGACAUCUUUGACUACCAGCACCGGUCAGUUUGUCAAGACAUGACACAACCUCUAUCUCACUACUUCAUAGCUUCAUCCCACAAUACUUACCUCACUGAAGACCAAUUGAAGGGACCGUCUAGUGUGGCGGCGUACGUCAAGGCAUUACAAAAAGGAUGCAGAUGGGUAGAGUUGGACUGUUGGGAUGGUGCCAACGGAGAACCAAUCAUAUACCACGGUCAUACGCUAACCUCAAAGAUAUUGUUCAAAGCAGUCGUUGAAGCAAUUAAUCAACAUGCGUUUGAGACAUCUCAGUAUCCGCUGUUAGUAUCAAUAGAGAACCAUUGUAGUGUUGAGCAGCAGAGUGUUAUGGCACAUCAUCUAAAAACAGUAUUUGGAGAUAAAUUAAUGAUUGAUUCGCCAGGAGAGUCUGCUACAUACUUGCCAUCCCCAGAGCAGCUCAAAGGAAGGGUUCUCAUCAAGGGAAAGAAGUUGCCGGCAGAUUUUGUUGGUGAAGAGGGGGAAGUGACAGAUGAAGAUGAAGGAGCAGACAGUGAGAGGAGAAGAAUUAAGAAGGAGGGUUUCAAGAAAAGGGUUCUCAUUAAGGAGCUGUCUGAUCUGGUCACUUUAUGCAAAUCCGUCCGUUUCGAAGACUUCCAUGAAGCAGCACAGAAACAAAAGUACUGGGAGAUCUGUUCCUUGAGUGAAGUAAAUGCUAUCAAAUUUGCCAGUCUCUGCGCGGAGGAUUUUGUGAGUCACAAUAAACACCUUCUCACAAGAAUUUACCCGAAUCCAAACAGAGUUGAUUCCAGCAACUAUAACCCACAGGACGUCUGGAACUGUGGAUGUCAGAUCGUUGCCCUGAACUACCAGACUCCAGGGCUAAUGACAGACUUGUAUGAUGGAAAAUUCAGACAAAAUGGACAAUGUGGCUACGUCCUUAAACCAGGAGUCAUGAGAGAAGAGAUUUCUUAUUUUAGUGCCAACUCUCGGGACAUAAUACCUGGAAUAUCGCCCCAGAUUCUUCAUAUCAAGAUCAUCAGUGGCCAGAAGUUUCCAAAGCCCAAAGGAUCUGGAUCUAAAGGGGACGUUAUUGACCCUUAUGUUUCCAUGGAGAUCUUUGGAAUCCCAGCUGAUUGUGCUGAAGAACGGACAAAAACUAUUCCUCACAACGGUUACAACCCCAUCUAUGAUGAAAGUUUUGAUUUCACUGUCAAUUUACCGGAGCUGGCUCUGGUUCGUUUUGUUGUACUGGAUGAUGACUUCAUUGGAGAUGAGUUUAUUGGACAGUUUACAAUACCAUUUGAAUGUCUACAACCAGGUUAUAGACAUUUUACAUUGCUCUCAAACACUGGAGAGUCACUUGAACCAGCGUCUCUGUUUGUACAUGUUGCUGUCACCAACAAACGCGGUGGAGGGAAACCUACAAAGCGAGGCAUGUCAGUCAAGAAAUCCAAAAGGUCAAGAGACUACACCCAUGUCCGACCUGUAGGCGUCAAAACCAUUGAUGAGGUUUUCAAGGCUUCACUUGCACCUCUCAAAGAGGGUAGUGAAUUAAGGGAAAAUGUACAGAAUGCUAUGACUAGGUUCAAAGAGGCCUGUGGUCUAGCAUCCAUAGCAAACCUUAAGCAGUGUAUACGCCUCCUUGCCACCAGACUAGCGGGGUCAUCGGAUACAGUGACCCUUCGAUUGUCCAUGAAGGAUAACUUGGCUUUCUUGGAUGCAGAGGGGAGUGCCCCAGACAUGCUCAAGAAGGCACUCAGUGCAUUUGAUUUGAUGGUUUCUGAGAGCAAGACACUAAUGGAACAAGCAGACAGUCUAGUUGUAAGGAUCGAUGAGGUACAGAAGGCUGGAUUGGAGUACCAUGACAAUCUGAGCUAUUUACUUACCAAGGACGGCCUGAAAGGCAAGAGACUCUCCAAGGCAUCAGAGAACUUUGCUUGGAAUAUCAGGGUUUUGAAAGGCCAAGCUGAUCUCCUCUCUAGAUCCAAGAAGGAGUGCCAGGAUUGGAUGAGACAGAUCCAGGAGGCAGGAACGGCCCUAGGUCUGAUGUCAUCUGUUGAGCCAGAACCGGAACCAGACCAAAUCAGCGAAGCAGAAAGCUGAUGACCGCCACCAAAACGUUCCAUUACAUUUUUUAAGUUAAUGUUUUUAGUCCUGUCGGUCAUCAGGUGCCCCUUUAAGGUUGAAAAGUGACUAUUUUUAGGUAGUAAAAUAUACAUGUUGUUGUACAUGGUCCCUAAGACUGCUCAAUUUAAAUCUCAGAAGCAACCAGGGAUGGGUUUCACAAAGAGUUACUUAAGACAAGUCUUAUCUCGUCCUUACUCUAUCUCUUACCCGUCCUUGCUUAUGAUAGGCUUCAGUUUAUCUCCUAGGACGGGCCUUUGUGAAAUCGACCCCUGGUAAAUAUACCAUUUAUGACUGGUAUCACAUGUUUGCUUUGCAAAUGAUUGUUAAGCAAGUUUUCCUGCAUACCUAGCUCUAUGAAGUUGGCUCCUUACACAAUUUAAUCAAGCCUGUAAGCACAUAAAAAAAACACAGACAUACCUUGCUUUGCAGAAACAGGUAUCGAUAACCAGGGUAAUUUACAUGUAGUUUACAUUGCUAUGACUGGUGCCCACUUUGGCUUAGCUAGUAGAUUUGAUAAUCAGCAUUUUCUGCCUGACAGUUUGUUUGCCUUGCCUUGUAUACUUUUAAAGCUGUGGAAAUCUUCCAGAAGCAAUGUGAAUCUAAGUGUGCAAAAGCACUUUGAUGCUCAGCAAGUUUAUUUUAAUCACAACUCAUUGAAUCCUGGCAUGACUGUUAUCUCCAUCAUGAUGGCUGGAGCUAGAUUCAAGAUAGCUGAUGACUUGAGUGGAGACCACCAAUCACCCUUCCUGACUUGGAAGCUGCUACUUAAACAUGACUUUUAACCUUACUGCGUGGAACAAAAGUUUUGUCAAUUUUUCUGACGGGUUGUCUGGGUCAUUGUGUACACAAAUUAUCUUACCAAGAUGGCUGCAGUGAAAUACUGGUCUUUGUAGAGAUUGUAGAACAGGGUAGUUCAAACAUAAAUAGUUAUGUUUAUUAAUAGAUAUUGUACUUGUAAAUACACUGUGGCGAUUUUCAGAGGGUCAAAGUUCUAAAACAAAAUUAUUUCUAAACUACAUUUUGAGAGAAGAAGAGUCAGAUUGCGAUGGAUGGUAAAAGUCAUCUAAGAAUAUCACUUCUAGAGUCUAUUUGUACACCAUGGCAAAGCAAACAAUUACAUUAUUGACAACUGUCAACCGUUAUCCACUGUACAAUAGACCGAGCCAUUAAGCUCUGCGCCAUUGCAAAUUGACCAGUCACAACAAAACAAAGGUCCGACA